UCUGUAACAAAAGUCAAGAUGGUGGAUGUCUGCAUUCCUGUCGUGGACUUUAGUCCUCUCUCUUUAGACAAAGAUGACUUACUUUUUGAUACAGAUCAAAAAAUACAAGUAGCCAGUCAGAUUUGUGAAGCGUUCAGCAGUAUUGGGUUUGUUUACCUGAAAAAUCAUGGCAUUUCAAACGAAGAGAUAGCUAAAGUGAGAGAAGUAGUUGACAAGUUCUUUGGACUACCCGUAGAGGAAAAACAAAAGUGUGCCAGACCUACUGAUGGUAGUGGUAAUCAUGGAUGGGUUGCUUUAGAAAGAGAAAGCUUGAAUCCAGAAAGACCAGCAGAUUUAAAAGAAGCUUUUAAUGUUGAUAACACUGAAUUUAAGAGUGAAAGUGGGCAUAAUUCAAAAUGGCCAACAACUGCUGUUCCAGAGAUGGAGUGUACUGUGAAAAACUUGUACRACCAAUGUGCAAAACUUUCUUUCAGAAUUCUUCAGGCCAUUGGUAUUGCUCUAAAAAUAAAGAAUCCAAACUUGAUUGCUGAAUCCCAUAGCCGUUUGGGAAAGGCUGGUAACUCCACUGCCAUGCGCAUCUUGUACUAUCCCCCCAUUCCUGACAGUUCAACAGUAAAGAAAGAUCAAGUUCGUUGUGGCGAACACAGUGAUUAUGGAUCUAUUACUCUGCUUUUCCAGGAUGACCUGGGUGGAUUACAGGUCCUACCAGUUGAUGGAGAAUAUAUUAAUGCUCUGUCUAUACCUGGCUGUGUCAUAGUCAAUAUUGGUGAUCUGAUGCAGAGAUGGACUUCUGACAAGCUACGAUCAACAAAACAUCGUGUUCUGAUCCCUUCGGAUGAAGUAGUUCGCAACAAGCCUCGCAGAUCUCUGGCAUUCUUUGUUCAUCCCGAUGAUGAUGUGUUGGUCGAGUGCCUGGAUGGGUCGAACAAGUAUCCUGGUAUAACUGGUGAAGACUAUCUUAAAGAGAGGUUUGCCGCCACAUACAAAAGCGAUUAACCAACUUGCAGGAUUUUGGAAUACACGCCAUAUAGAGUGAUCUUUUAAAUUUGAAAUAGAGUCAAAACAAACUCCAUCGUUUUCAUUUGUUUUACUUGUCUGUAAGUCACUAAUUAUACAACAUUGCUUCAAGGGCAAAGUAAAAAACCCAUGAACCAAUUGUCCUAUUUCACUAUGACGUCACUGCUUGUUUAUGUGGGGGAUAGAAUCGCCAAAUCCAAUAGAAAAUUCAACAAAAUUUGCUCCUAGCGAAACAGUUUAAUCUAAAUUGGUCUGGUUUUCAGAUAUA